UUUGCGUUCGAAUGGCAAUCGAAUAAUCGUGCAUUGCAUACAAACGAUUUCAAAAUAAAAGUAUAUUAUUCCUGACAGUAAAAAAUAAAAUAUUUAAGCGUCGGUUAGUGUCAAGAAAAAAAAAAGUUUUUCAUCAUAUCUUAUAUUUAUUUUGCAUGGUCAAUUGUAAAUAUCAAAAACUAUUUAUACAUUAUAUUAUAAUAAAAAAGACUGUUGUUUGCAUAUUAGUGAUUUUCUCUUUGAAUUUAUUCAUCGCCACUUUUGGUGAGGAAGCAUGAAUAAACCUUUUUAGGAGAAGAAAAGAAUUACUACAUAAGUGCAUAUUUUGUGAGCAUCGGGUGAAAUCUCAACGGCAGUUAUCAAAACAGAAAAUCAAAACUACCGACAGGUGUCCCUCAAUGACCGAAAUGAGCAACAAUGUUCAUUAAUAAAAAUGUGGACAGUGCAUGAAAAUAUUAGAAAAAGCUAAAACAAACAUUUGAAGUUUAACAUGCACGUUAAGUUUUAUGUGUAAAUACCUAGCAUAAUGAAGUAUGGUGUAGUAGAGUGAAAAAAUAAAUAAAAAACAAGUUUUACAGUAUUACACAUAUUUUGAACAACUCAACACACAUGUGAAUGCACGUUUAUUGUUAGAAGCAACACCAAUUGACCAAUUAUUUGUGGCUUUUAAAGUUUGAUUAAUUUACAUUUCUUUAGACAAUUAGUUAUAUGCGGACCGCUCUUUCAUAAAAUAUACCUAUUUGUAUGAAACUACGAAGCACGAGUGCAUAUUAUAAUAAGAAUUGUAAGAAACCUACUUACGAUACAACAUUUAUACGCAUUUGUUUGCUUAAUAAUAAAGAUUCUAUUGGUCGUACUAUCAAAGUAAAUAAGCAACACAAUACGACUCUUCUUCUAAUACUAAAUCUGUGUAUAAUUAAUCAUAAGGAACAUUUACAAUCGGUCAGAUAUGAAAUAAAAAAUCAUCACUUGAAAGAAAUUCAUUCAUAAGAUAAAAAAUAAUUCAUAUAAAUGAAGACAUAUCAAAAUUAGUGCAACCAUUUUAUUAUUUGAAGAAAGUGUUUAUCAAUCAAUUAAAAAAAAAAUAAAAAAAAAAUAUGCUGAGUUGAGCAUCAAAAUAUUCAUACAUAUAAAAAGUACAGUUGUGCAACAUAAACUGAUGUGACAAUUCAAUGAUAAACCAAAAAAGGUACAAUGAGGUCACCUAUAUACAAUGUUUCCAGAGUUAACCGCCAUUUCCAAGAUUUUAUGGAUCAUCACGGUCAUUGUUACAAGCGUAUUUUGCUCAAAUGUACAACUUUACUCGUCUUGUUCAAACAAACACGUGCAUGUGUACUCCAACGGUAGCGUUUUUGCAAAUGAUGAUUCUUUAACACCUCAAAUUUUGACUAUCUCGACUGAUAAAAUGUCGUCAAGAUUCCUUGUAACUUUGUACGCUCAAGAAGUCGGAAUGUAUUUGUGUUUUAACAAAAAAUGGAAAUUGAUGGGAUUUAAACGUCGGAGGGCUUGUUCGAGAUGUCACUUUGUUGAAACUAUGGUUCAAGGUUAUUUUAGAUAUGCAUCAGCUGAUGAUCCCACAAAGUUUAUAGGAUUUCGGAAGACUGGUAAGCCAGUUAGGCCAAUGAACAAAGAUCAAUCUUGCUACAAUUUCCGAAAACGAUCAUCCUUAACCACAUUCAAGACACAACCUAAAUUGCCUCCGCUCUGCGUACAUAGUAACAUUAGUAUUAAUAAUCAUAAUAAUAGUAAUAGUAAUUAUUUUCCUGUCAAUAAUCCAAACAAAGUAUUCUCAAAUUUGGCAAAUAAAAACCGUUUGCGAAACACAACUUUAUCCAGGGCAAAACAAAAGCGAAAAAAGCAUUUUGGUGGCUUAUUUUCAUCCAGCAACUACAAUGCACACAAAACUCCACAGUCCAACACUACUAGUUCAGCAUAUUUAAGCAAAGUCUAUGCUCAUAAUAAUAUAAAGAAUCCGAAAAACCUAGUCUCAAUAAAUACAGAAAAAAUUAUACAAAAUGGUUAUAAUGAAAAUGGUAACAAAUUUAUUAGUACACCAAAACAUAAAAUUAGGCAUUCCAAUUCCAGACAUCACCAUGCGAAGCGUAGUUCCAACCAAAAAGGUCUCGAAAUAGAGAGUUUUACUUAGUAUGAUGUCACAAGAAAUAUUUAAACUGAAAUCAAUCAUUCCAAAUUUAUUUAUAUUUUAGGCUGAUAUUUAUAAAAAAAAAUCAAUAUGUUAAGAAACAAUCCAACAUCUAGAAAGGGAUUGAAACUGAUACCGUACGCAUAGAAAGUAACAAGCUUCUGUUGAGAAACUUAGAUUUGUAAUCCAUUAAUAUAAGAUAAUUACAAGAUAAUCAAAAACAAUGUUAUUGUUGUAACAGCCUAUUUAAAAAUCACCAGUAUUAUUAAAUUUUAGUGCAAGAAUUUUCUUUGUAAGAAUACUAUUUUUAUAUUGUACUAUACUAUAUUGCAUUUGUAAUAGAAAAAUUAAUAAUAAUAAUUAUAUUAUAUUGUACAAUAAGGUGCCAUAAAUUAUAUUAAAGUUAAGAAAUACUAACAAAGUCAUCCAAAAGUGGUAUGACUGAAUUAAUGUUUGAUGAAAGAAAUAAUAAUAAAUCAUUGGUGCCAUACAUCCUGUAGUAUCGAUACUACAUUUAUAUAAAUAAUAUGUGUUUUACGUUAAAAUUGAACAAUAUUUGCCUCUUUUUUUCUCUUAGAACACAAAAAAUAUAAUUGCUACAAGCAGGGAGACUGAGAUUUAAUAAAUUGGUAGAGCCUUCAUUAAGAACUUCGAUCUAUUGAAAAAAAUAAGUAAAUAUAAAGAAUCAAUCAAUAUCACUAACUACUUGAUAUGUUAUUUAAAUA